UCUCAUGUUCAUUUGCAGAGUCGCGAACAACUUUACUCACCCAAAGAUCAUUGUUCUAAAGAUAGCUGUGAUCACUACAACCCAAAAUUCAAUUGAGGGUACAUUCCUGCAGGCGGGGAAGGCAUGCUAGGUACAAUUAAGUCAUCGUAAUGGCGGAGAUUGUCAGUUCAGCAGUUUUCCAGGACACAGUAGGCAAACUUUUGUCUGGAUUAGUUCAGAAGUAUGAGGGGGGAAAGAAAUCAAUUGCAAUUGAAGAUUUGGAGAGGCUAGAGAUCGCACAGAUCAAGUUGGAGGCAGCUAUAGAGACAUCUGACAAGUGGCUGAUUACAGAUGUGUCGUUGUUGCGAUGGCGCAACAAGUUGAAGCGUGCUGCUCAAGAGUGUGAUGAUACACUGCACAAGUGCAAGCAUAGAAUCCUAGAAGAAAAGGAAGUCGAUCAAGAGGUGAGGAACUCAUCAUUUCCUAAACGGAUAGCACAUGCUACUAAGUCAUUGUUUUCUUCCACGUUUCGCCACAACGACGACAAGUUGAGCAAAUACAUGGUUCGAAGGUUUGAGUGGUUUGCAGAUGGCGCUAGUGAAUUCUUGAGAUUCAUAGAGCUUGGGGGCACACCACACUGUCACAUGCCCUUUGGCUGUGCUCUUGCCAGGCACCUUUUAACUGGCAAGAGACUACAGAGUAGAAUUAACAGAGGAAAUGCAUGCCCUUUAUUUUUGCAAUGGGUGCCCUUUGUAACUGCAGAGCAUGGAAUCGAGGCCAACUUGAUAUUCAUGCAGAAUGAUGGUAAUGCACCAGAGAAUAAUUUUUUCUUCAAUAUAAUGCUACAGAUUUCCGAAAGUGUAGAUAUUGUUGGUAUCACAAUCAAGUGCUUGCAGUUGUUUCCUCCGCUUUUCAGAUCCGCAGUUGAAAACAUUAGGAAAGAGCUUAUGCAACUACCUACACAAGACUUCUCGUGGGUGCCAUACGUGGAUUCGUCACACCAUAAAGAACAUUGGGACAAUCUUCACAGCUUUGGCACUCAGUGGUUUCGCCCAAAUCCGUUGUGUUGCAAACAGCAUGAUCUGCAUGAGAGAGAUUGUAGAAGCAAGGUGAAUAUGUCAGGAAUAAGUGAGGCUUCUCUAGAACCUGUCAUUGAAGUGAAUUUGCAAUGCCAAGUCUCACCACCUUUGUACAACAGACAAAGGACCUCACCAUCCAAAGGCAAAAUUUCUGUGCAAGAACAAAAUCCACCAUUUCUGAAAACUGGACUGCUUUUUAUGCCCCAUGGCUCUUCACAAGACCUGCUGCCAGAGGAUACUAGUUCCGUAGCAGAGGCGAUCAACAUUGACAAGCAGAAUUUCUCGCAUACAAACAUUACUUUGCAACAGCUGGAAGGGAUCAUAGUACCAAAGGCAAUAGAUUACUUCUGCCAGAAUGCCGAAGCAUCAGUCUACCAGAUACUUUGGAAGUCCAAACAUAGCACCGCAUAUGUCCAGGUUGAGAAUGUAUGCAUGGAGAAAAGAAGCACACGCAGAACAAUUGGGAGAGCAAGGAAAGGGAAUCCGUUUCAUAGAGAGAACAGAGAAGUGAAGAACCGGAAACAUUUGGUCCCUCACUACCUUGACUUAUGGGCUGCACAUGCACCUGCCCAGCUGCAGGGCUCCAUUGCUGAAUGGGUUCAGAGAGAAAAGGAAAAACAGAUGGCACGACCACAGCUCAUGUCCAAAAUUCUAGAACAUGUAACAUGGAGCAAUUGGGAUAAUCUUGCAUAACUGAGGGAAAAUCUUUCAAGAGAUAGGAUUUGAGUCAAAUACUCCAAACACAAGGCCAACAGCUGCAAUUCUAAAGCGGGAAGGUUGCGGUUAUGUAUUGUUAACAUUUUCUGUUCUGUUGGUACUAGUAAAGAACUAUGUUCUACAUUAGGUACUCAUUUGAUUUUAGGUUUGGUCUAUAUGUCUCGUGUGAUUUUAGUAUUCUCCAUCAAA